GGUGUGAGACGUUCAUGGACAUCGUGAUUGUCCUGGAUGGUUCUAACUCCAUCUACCCGUGGUACGAGGUGCAGGACUUCCUCAUCAACAUCCUGCUCAAGUUCUACAUCGGCUCAGGUCAGACGCAGGUCGGUGUGGUCCAGUACGGCUCCACAGUGGUCCAUGAGUUCAGUCUGGGUGAGUACCAGACGGUGGAGGAGGUGGUGGAGGCUGCCAGAAGCAUCGACCAGCGGGGCGGAGAGGAGACGAGGACGGCGCUGGGCAUCAACGUGGCGAGGUCGGAGGCGUUCAAACGUGGCGGCCGGCCCGGCGCUCAGAAGGUGAUGAUCGUGAUCACAGACGGUGAAUCUCAUGACAGUCCUCAUCUGGUUCAGGCCGUCGCCGACAGUGAGAGAGACAACAUCACCAUGUACGCCAUCGCUGUUCUGGGUUAUUACAACCGUCGGGGAAUCAACCCUGAAGCCUUUCUGAAGGAAAUCAAGUUCAUCGCCAGUGACCCGGAUGAGAAACACUUCUUCAAUGUGACGGACGAGUCGGCGCUGAAAGACAUCGUGGACGCUCUGGGAGAGAGGAUUUUCUCCCUGGAAGGAACCAGCAGCCAGGGUCGAGGGUUCGGGCUUCAGAUGGCUCAGGCUGGUUUCUCCUCACAUUUAGUCAAAGAUGGCGUUCUGCUCGGGGCGGUCGGCGCCUACGACUGGACCGGUGCCGUGCUGAAAGAAACUAAACACGGGAAAGUUGUUCCCCCCAAAUCCUCCUAUCAGGACGAGUUUCCAGAGGAGCUGAAGAACCACGGAGCCUAUCUGGGUUACUCAGUGGGUUCACUUGUGUCGGCUCGUGGCUCUCAGCUCUACGUGGCCGGAGCACCGAGGUUCAACCACACGGGCAAGGUCAUCAUCUUCACGCUGAAGAACACGGGAAACCUGACCAUCCUGCAUGGCCUGCUGGGAGAGCAG